GCCCGCUUAUGUGUGACACUUGAGAUAGCGCUCACCAGAGGCGAUUGUCAUUGCAGGGGGUAUCCUCGUGCGGCGUGACGAAGCGAGUAGUUGAGCACUGAUUGACGUGUGGGGACGAAAGGUGUGAUUUAGCAAUUAUGCUCGUGGAAAUUUGAUGCGUAUAGGAUGUCGCCUCGUGACUCGGAGAUUAUCGAAAGGUUUCGGAGAAAGGGAAGCUGCUCAUCUCUAAUUUUGUAGAGUGCUGCUGGACUCGACCUGACAAGUGCUCUCGUCAUUUCUGUCUAGUCGGCUUCCGCAAUCACAGACCUUUUCGCCCACAAUUUGGCAACAUUGCAGAUCUUCAUGCUACAAACAUUGAAAUUUGGGCAAAUUUUCAAAAAGGGAAAACCUUUGUCCAUGGGAAAAUUUCCGAAGAUUCCUGUGGAUUGAAGAAAUAUUUUGUAAGUACGGCUUAUCACAAUACUACUAUGCAAUCUCAAGUAUAAAAUUUCACUUGCGGCAGUAGUGGGCGAAAAGGUCUAUCUCUAUCUGUAUGUUGGCCGUGUUGAAAAGAUUUCUGCUCUGCGCCUUACCAUCAUGAAAAUAGAUGAUUAUAGCGUCAAAUUUCUUAAGUUUGCAGCAUUAGGACUAAAUGGACUAAAUGUGACAGUCACCCGACUUGGUUCAAACUGAGCUCGGAAUGCCGCAAUGGAGUGUGAAAUGCCAACACUCUCAUUGAAUCAAUUUUCACGUAACAUAGCAUUUAACGCAUACAAUCAACAUUUAUCGAUAUUUCCUAAAUUAAAGUAGUAAGAAAUGUUUGCAUGUGUAUGAGUUAUGAAGUUCGUGAAAAGAUUUAAAAGUGGAUUUUAACCAACCUACAUACUUCAGGUUACACAUCCCGACAAAAACACAAAGCCGUAUCAACUGCACAUAUAAAAUAUCUCUAAGCAGAAACUGUUUUAUGAGGUUGAUAUGAAAAGUUCAGUAUCUGAACCAAAUUCUUUUUGAGAAAAAAUCCUCUAUCAUUUUUUUAAGCCUCCAGUCGAUUAAACGUCAGCAACAAGAAGAACACGGUACGGAAACACCGGAGCGGGGAUGUUUCUUCAAGUGGUAAGACUGGAGGAUAGAUGUAAGCGCGCGAAUCGCUCUCCACACAAGGGCCAAUUUCAACACCCGGUGGGGGUUCUGCUUGGCGAUAUUUGUUUUCCUCAGGUUUUCCUUGUCUGAUGCACUUCUUGUGUGUCCACAUGCGUAUCUUGUCAACAGUUUCAUGCAGAGAUUAUAAUUAACAACAAUGACGUGGCUUGUGUAUUGCAAGUAUGAGUGAGAGUAGCAGAUCGUCCAACCUCUCUGAGUCUAAAGACAGCUGGACUGACAACUUUCCACCUCUAUUUUCUGUGGUGUGUGUGAGGAAUCGAGACGCUCCCAGAAGUUUGUCACUGGAUACCUGUUUCAUUGGACGCAUUUUAUACUACAGCAAGGUUAAUGACACCGAGCUUUGCCACAUCAAUUUAUUUUUGAGACCUGAUCUCUUUCCUCUCAAUGUUGACGUAGGCCAUCGCACCUUAGAUAGAUAUAGAGAAGUAGUUUUUGAUUAUCGAGGAUGUAUUGGCAAAUUUAGUGUUGAUGACAUCAUUACUGAGUGUGUGAUUUUCCCAGGAGAUUUUGACUGUAGUGUGGAAUCUGCUAUUCAAAAGUGCAAAUCAGAGAUACAGACAAAUAAACCUAUCUUUGUAGUCCGUUCCCAUUUGUCGGAAAGUAACAAAAUUCAACCACUACGGGCCUCUACCAGAAAGAGAAUGGCUGCUGGAAACAUGGAUGUCUUGUCAGAGAAAGGUGUAAAUACAAAAGGGAAAGAACAGUUAGCCUCUAAAGAUUUGAAGAGCCCCAAGCAAGUUUCUAGAAGGAGAAUAACUGUUCAAGAAUCAGAAAAUAAUGGUGUAGAAGAUGCAAAAGAGAACAUUGGCAUGUCUGAUUCGACCUUCCAGAGUUCCCUCACCUCACCACCACCUUCAGGAUCCUCCUCAAAUCCUGAGAGGGUAUCCCGUGUGAGGAGGAGUCUUGUCUCUGAUCUUGAUGGUCCUCCAGUUAAACAAUCCCGUGGUGAAACAGAAGAUAAAUCAUCCUUUGACAAUACAAAGACAAGGCUUCAUUGCAAGAUCAAAGAUGAUAUGGAUGAGGAGGAUCCUGUGGAUGACAAGAGCAAGAUUUCAUGGGUUUCGGAGUUGCUGGAUGUAAGUGAACCAGUUGUUGAAAAUGGUGGACGAUGUGUUACACCUAUAAGGUUGAGUCUAAGGCGAGUGUGGCUGGAUUCUACUCCGAGCAAGAGUACUUCAAGGAGUAGUCCCUCUCCUGAAAAAGUUCGUCGGUCUACCAGAAAGAAUAAAUGUAAUGUGUAUCUGGCAGAAAAUUUGGAUUCAGAUUCUGAAUUUGAUCCUGGACUUCGCCAGUCUGCAGGGAAGAACAAAUGCACCGUACAUCUGUCUGAAAAUUAUGAUUCUGAGUCUGGAACUCGACCUCGUAGCACCAAGAAAACUGAUAAAAAAUCAGUGGUUGAGAAACCAAGUAGUAGUCGACUUACACCCAAAAGGAGAAAAGUCCCAAAUGAGGAAGAUGAUGUCGACAUAAUAUCCGUAGAAGAUGAUCCUAUAUUUUUGCCCAGUAGUCAAGAUGACAAAGCCAAAACUAGGACUCCUAGGGCACAAAGAACAUCUACAAGAACUCCACGAAAAUCAUACAAGGAACAAGAGGAUUCAGAUUUCUGCCUGUCCCCUGAAUUUUUGCCUUCAAAACACAAAUUGAAGACUGAUGAUUCUCCAGCCAGAAGCAGAACGUCUCGAUCUCAGAGAACUCCAUCUAGAUACUGCGAACUAGAUUCAUCUCCUGACAAAAACAGUUCUGCAAAAGCUCCAAAAACUCCAAAUCAGACUGGAAAAACCCCGAAGAAAACACCAAAGGCAUCUUCUAAAACACCAUCUAAGUCUCCAAAAACCCCUAAGGCUAAGACACCUUCUGAAGCUUCAUCAAAAGGGUGUUAUACACCAUCGAUGCCUAUCCGUGCUUCUGCACCUCUCACACCAAUGUCAAGUCUUGAACAAGUUCGCAAGAAUUUGCAUGUGUCAGCAGUACCCAUGUCUCUACCUUGUCGAGAAGCGGAGUAUAGAAAUAUUUACCAUUUCCUUGAAAAUAAAAUAAGAGACAACACUGGCGGGUGUAUGUACAUAAGUGGUGUGCCUGGCACUGGUAAGACGGCCACAGUUAAUGCAGUUGUUCGUUCUCUCAAACGAGAGGUGGAGCAAAAGAAGUUGAGGGACUUUCAGUAUAUUGAGGUGAAUGGCCUGCGCAUGACAGAGCCUCGUCAGGUAUUUGUCCAGGUCCUCAAGAGUCUCACUGGUCAAAAGUCUACUCCGCAACAAGCCCAGGAUAUUCUUGCUCAAAGAUUUUGUUCAGGUUCAUCAAAGAAUAAAACAGUAGUUCUGCUAGUUGAUGAAGUUGACAUGCUUAGAAAUCGUCGUCAAGAUGUCAUUUAUAAUUUGUUUGAUUGGCCUAGUAAAGCUAAUUCACAUUUUAUUGUGUUAACAAUUGCCAACACAAUGGAUCUACCUGAAAGACUCUUGAAAGGACGAGUAACAAGCAGGCUUGGUCUUACUCGUCUCACUUUCCAACCAUACUCUUACAAGCAGCUCCAAGAAAUAGUAAUGUCUCGGAUCGCAGGAUCAAACUCUUUUAAUGAUGAUGCAGUGGAGCUUGUGGCAAGGAAAGUUGCUGCCUGUUCUGGUGAUGUUAGAAGAGCCCUUGAUAUUUGUAGGAGAGCUUCUGAGUUUGUUGAAGAAGGCAGUCCAGUUACCAUGCCUAUUAUCAAUAAAGUGCUAUCUAAUAUGAUGAAUUCAGCUAAUGUCUGCUCCAUUAAGGCAUGCAGUAAAUUAGAGAAAUUAUUCCUUCAAGCUGUGGUGGCAGAGAAUGAACGCACAGGUGUGGAGGAAGCCACAUUUAUUUCUGUGUAUAGGCAGUUUCAAUCUUUAUGUGCUCUGGCAGGUGCUAUUGUGAUUAACAUAUCAGAAGCCAUGGCACUACUGAAUAGAUUGGGUACAUCUGGACUUCUACUUAUUGAGCAUUCUAGGGCUGACAUUAAUCAAAGUAUAUUUCUGAAUGUGAAUGCUGAUGAUAUCCAUUAUGCACUUAGUCAAACUUCAUCAACAUGAUGGUUUUAUGUAGGUAUUUUUAAUAAUUAACUGUUUUGAUUGCACUAUAUUUCUGGGGCAGAGAACUUUUUAUCUGUGCAAUGUUGGUGGGAAUUGUAGAUAAAUUGAUGUUUUACUUGUCUGACUUUAUUGAUACACAUCUUUAAAUCAUCAUUAAAUGAAUUUGUUUCCAAUCAGUAUAAAUA